CGGUCGUAGAGGCGACCAGCUGGUUUAGCGAGGGAGUUCCGAGGGAGCUGCGAUCAGUUGCCAGUGAGACGUGUACAGGUUGUGGCGGCGUUCAAGUGUGUGGAGUUUCUCGGUGAGUCUGUCGUUGUCCGUCCGUCGGUCGUUCGGUUGGUCGUCGCCGUCGCCGUCGCCGUCGUCGUCGGUCGGUCGUCGUCGUCGUCGUCGUCGUCGUCGCUGUUUGGUUCGUGUGCGCGAAACAACGAAGUAAAGAUGGCCGCUGACUCGGGUAUGGAGACGUGUCCCUCCCCAGAAAUCGCGGAUUCAAGAAAACGACCGCUAGACUGCGACGUGGAAAACGGCGCAACGAAAAGGUCACACUACGGCUCAGGUGGAGAUGGCACGUAUCACCUCAAAGUAUUGGUACCCGGCGUGGCAGCUGGAGCAAUUAUUGGCAAAGGGGGGGAAACCAUUGCCCAAUUACAAAAGGACACAGGAGCACGGGUGAAGAUGUCCAAGUCCCACGAUUUUUACCCAGGAACAACGGAAAGAGUUUGCCUGAUAACAGGCAGCGUUGACGCUAUAAUGGCUGUGAUGGAUUUUAUAAUGGAAAAAAUUCGUGAGAAACCAGACCUCACAUCAAAAACCACAGUUGAUUUUGACUCGGGUAAAACGACCGCAGAGAGAGACAAGCAGGUAUUAAAUGUGAAAAUACUUGUGCCAAAUAGUACUGCUGGUAUGAUAAUAGGAAAGGCAGGGAACUAUAUAAAGCAAAUAAAAGAAGAAUCAGGCUCGUAUGUGCAAAUAAGUCAAAAAGCGAAGGACUUAUCGCUACAAGAACGAUGCAUAACUGUUAUCGGGGAGAAAGAGAACAAUCGAAAUGCAUUACUUAUGAUCCUGGCUAAAGUAGCAGACGAUCCGCAGAGCGGAACUUGUCUGAAUGUCAGUUACGCAGACGUUAGCGGUCCUGUUGCCAACUAUAAUCCAACAGGUAGUCCGUACGCCCAGGCUCCCGCAGGGACGCCGACUUACACGUCCACACCUGGUCUGAACACAGUGAGUCUCCUGAACGGCGCUGGUCUGAGUCUGAAUUUAAACUUAGGCGCAGCUAUGACAGCGGGUACAGCUCCAGUCACAGCACAAAUACUUGAGCACAUAAAACUUACCCUGCGAAGUACAGGGUUCUCGGAGCCAGCCGCCACUGAAAUUCUAACGGCUAUCGCUACCCUGGCAAAAUACAAUAUUCUUGGAAUGGGUAUCGGUAUGCCGUCGAGUGUGAGUUAUUUGGGAACUCCGAUGGACAGCACAUCGACCACUAAUGGCUCUAAUAAUAACGGAGGAGUAUUUGGUCCAAUUGGAACUGUCCCAGCCCUAGGAUCUUCGUCUCCUACACCUCGUAAUGCAAUCGACAGAUACGAGCCAUUUGAUCCAUUCAGGCAAAACAAUACAGCACCAAACGCGAUCCACCUAAACAACAAUUCUUUUGGCUUAGGGACGAACCAGUUGUCACUCGUAAGUAAGAGUCCUACUCAGGUAGACGCAAACAACAAGGAGACCAAGAAAGUAGAUAUAGAAAUUGCAGAGGUUAUAGUUGGAGCCAUCUUGGGGCCCGGCGGUCGUGCUCUUAUCGAGAUUCAGCACCUGAGCGGGGCCAACAUUCAAAUAUCAAAGAAGGGAAUGUUCGCACCUGGAACAAGAAAUCGUAUAGUUACCAUCACAGGUUUUCCAAACGCAAUUGGCACCGCUCAGUACCUCAUUGAGCAGCGAAUCAGCGAAGAAGAAGCAAAACGAGCUCGCCAUAAUGCAAUUGCUGGAAUGAUUCAUUGAUUAUAUUUUAUUCACCUUCCUCGUGCAUAAUCAUUAUCAAACUCUGUUCUCUUCAUAGUUUAAAAGAAAAACCAGGGCAGCUCAUCUUUCCCUAAUCUGAUAUUAUCUUAUUUAGCCACCUACCAUCCGUUGUCACCUGUCCUCACUUUUACAUCACCAUACACACGCACGUAUCACCUCGCCUCUUCUCGUUUAUUGACUAAAUAAUCACGGUUCGUUGACAUUUGUCUUAUAUUUAAGAUUCUUACAUUAUAAAUGUUAUAUAAUAUAAUAUAUAAUAUAAUAUAAUAUAAUAUAAUAUAAUAUAAUAUAAUAACUACUACGAUUGUUCUGUGAUACACCACAUUACGGGGCUUUGUCACACAUAAUACACACUUACACUACAUCACAGCCAUAUACGCGUAGAGUUAAAGUUGGUAGUGUUGUUAGGAUACUUGAAAAAGGCACAACAGUGUCAUCGAGAACCACCUUAUUCCACAUUAAUGUUGUUAAUAAUCCCCUUCGUGAAUUAUCUAUUUAUUGCAGAAUUAUUUACAUGAGCAAACCAAAACUUAGGCUGCGUAUUAGUUGCUCAAACAUAAAUUAUCUCACAUUCUAAAUCUUUGAUUCUAUUCAACUUUUGACAAGUUCCAUAAUGGUUAUCCAAGUGACCAUGAAAAUAUGUUAUAACGAUUUUUGUACAAACUUUUCAUCCGAUAGGAGGAAGUAGUUUAUUCUUAUCCUUUGCGAAAUUGGUAUGCGCAAAAAGACAAUAAAUCAUUUGUUCUACAGGGGUACUAUCGAUGAGAUUUUUUUGAUUUAUGUACUUGUAAAUAAAAUCAAGUAGUCGACUUUGUGUGAUAAUUUCGUAAGAAAUGGCUAGCAACUUAUGUUUUGGUAUGAUCAUUUUUCCUUCUGACAAUGAGGUAUAUUAUUUGUUUAAUCGACUGCUCUCUCAACUUCUGUCUUAUACGUGUAUUCAAAGUUUGGUUCAAGAAGGGAUCUAAAAGAAACUGAUAAGCAUUGGACACAUGAUUCGACCGUUGAAUCAUCUGUGGCAAAAAUAACCAUUUUAGAAUUGCUUGAUAUCCUGUAAUACAAAUGCUUUGAAACAUUGGUUGAAAAGUGAAAGAUUUUCUUUAAGAUGUUUAAAAAAAUAUUUCGACGUCAAUUUAAUUUCAUUGGAAGUAUGAAAUUUACACGGCAUGUUGCAUUACAUUUCAAGCGAUAAAGCAAAUUCCUUGUAUAUAUUUAAAAAAUGUUGUACUCCGUAUCAAUUUUGGUUGACCUGUUUCCUCUACUCUUGAAUUUUCAUGUUAACGCGAGAGUCAAUAUUAAUUAGCAUUGAACGGUUCUUUAUUGAUAACCUUCUGUUCCAAGCAUAAGCGGAACAAUAAAUUACCAACUUUCUUAAUCUUAUAUAGUUGUGAUAUAAUUUCUAUAACUGCGCAGAAAGAAUAAAUAUUGUUGGACAGGU